AUGGCUGUGAACAAAGCGUAUUACGAGGUAUUAGGAGUCGAAGUGGAUGCUUCUCGUGCAGAGAUCAACAAGGCUUAUUACCAAAAGGCAAAAGAGGUUCAUCCUGAUAAAAAUCAUGGAGAUCCAGAAGCUGCUGCUCGAGAUUUUUGUUUACUAGGUGAGGCUUAUCAGAUACUAAGCGACCCCGAAAAGCGAGAAGCGUAUAACAAAUAUGGAAAAGGGGAUUCAACAAAGAACUCUGUCAUUGAUCCAGCUGUUCUAUUUGGAAUGAUGGUAGAAAACGAAACUUUCGAGAAUUAUGUCGGGCAGCUUUCUUUGCUUUCACCUCCUUCUGAGUUCGAUCCGAAUUUACCCCCAGAAGUUCAAAAACCGAAACUCGAGAAGAUAAUGAAGGCAAUGCAAGAGGAAAGAGAAGCGAAACUUAUCAAUAUUCUGAAAAAUAAUCUCGAACCAUAUGUCAAAGGGCAAAAGGAUGAUUUUUUGGAAUUGGCGAAUUCGGAAGCUCAUCGUCUUUCCCAAGCUGCUUUUGGCCAGGCCAUGUUACAAACAAUCGGGUACAUCUACUCGAGGCAAGCCGCAAGAGAAAUUGGAAGGAGAAAGUGCUAUAUGAAGGUUCCUUAUGCUGCAGAAUGGGUUCGGGAUAGAAAACACUUUAGAAAGACGAAAAAAAGAGCAACUAAAGCUGCUAUUGACUGCAUCCGGUUGCGAGAGGAGUGGAAGAAGUGCAAUGAGGAAAAGAAUAAAGAUGAGAACACAAUGAAAGCAGCCGAAAAAAUAAAAGAUCGGUUCUUUUAUUCUUUCUGGAAAAUGAAUUUGGUAGAUAUUGAGAUGACCUUAUCUCAUGUUUGUCAAGCUGUUUUGAAAGAUUCCAGUGCUUCGAAAGACAUUCUCUAUUUGCGGGCCCGCGGUUUGAAAAAGCUCGGCACAAUUUUCCUCGGUGCAAAGGAAAGAUAA